CAUCCAUGUGUAGGAGACUUGCCAUGUUGGUUUCGGUAUGUCUCGUCCUCCAAGUCAGUAAUUUCCUUUACGCUCACGCGAUCAGUAUUCGACUGUUUUUCCCUCUCUCUCUCUCUCUCUCUCUCUCACUCUCUCCAUUCUACUUUGUGGUCACUCUCUCCACUCUACUUUGUGGGUUUUCUUUGGGUUUCAUGGGUUUUUUUGCAUGUUUUUUAUUUCUCACUGCUUAACUCUCGGCGAUCCUUAUCUUGGUUCAGGGACUUUACACUGGUGAGUUUCUUCUUUCAGGUAUACAAGUAUGCUACCGAAAAAGAACAGCAAUCCUGGUGGUGCUAAUUCAUCUCCAAAGACAAAAAGCACCAUUGAAAACCAGCAUUGGGGGUCUUCUAGUGGAAGCCAUGAAACCACUAGAACCAAUCCCGCAAGUUGGGCUGACGCAUCUGAGUUUUCGGUUGAUGUUGUAGAAGAUUGGGGUGAAUGGGAGGCUCAAGGAAGAAAAUCUAGGAAACCAAAGCAGCAACAAAACACAGUCCAACCAGACCCCAGACCAUCUAAUUUAUCUGGGAGGGCACCUAAUAAUAACUGGCACCAACAAAGCCAUGAACCCAAAAAGCAAGUUAACAGUAGAGAAAACCCAUGGCUUCAGACUUCGAAGUGGGAAGCUGAUUAUAUAGGUCCUCCUCCUGUUAUCCCCCCACCUCUUGAAAAUGGUUGGCAAUGGCAAUGGCAAAGUCAAGCUGGUUCAUUGAACCGAGCCAGCAAUGAGUCUAAAGAUAAAACCCAAGUUGGAGAUCCAAGUUCUAUCAGGGAAGACGAUAGAUCUCCAGAUGUAGAAGAUCACAAAUUCGCUGAUAGUCCCUCUGAGAGCGACGACCUCGAGGAAGAUAGCGACGAUGAUUUGUUGAGUGAUGGCGACUAUGACUCAGAUAUUAGCCAAAAGAGCCAUAGUGAACUGAAGAAAAACAAGUGGUACAAUAAGUUUUUCGAGACAAUGGAUGAGUUGACUGUGGAGGACAUUAAUGAUCCUUUGAGGCAAUGGCAUUGCCCAGCUUGUGCUGGUGGCCCUGGUGCCAUCGAUUGGUAUAAGGGGAUGCAGCCUCUUGUAACCCAUGCUAAGACAAAGGGAUCAAAUAGAGUUAGGCUUCAUAGGAAGUUUGCUGAGCUUUUGGAAGAGGAGCUGCAGAGGAGGGGCACAUCAGCUAUACCAGCUGGGGAGUUGUUUGGGAAGUGGAAAGGGCUCCAUGAUGCUGUUGCUGACCAUGAAAUAGUUUGGCCUCCAAUGGUUAUCAUCCAAAACACUUUACUUGAUCGAAAUGACAAUGACAUGUGGACUGGAAUGGGGAAUCCUGAGCUUGUUGAGUAUUUCAAAGCAUAUGAGCCCGCAAAGGCUAGGCAUUCAUAUGGUUCUCAAGGCCAUCGUGGGUUAAGUGUUCUUUUAUUUGAUGCUUCAGCCAUUGGUUAUCUGAAAGCCGAGUGCUUGCACAAGCAUUUCAUGGAAGAGGGGAGAGAUAGGGAUACAUGGGACCGACGCCGCGUUCUCUUUCAUCCUGGUGGAAAGCGUGUGUUGUAUGGUUAUUUGGCCACGAAAGAAGAUAUGGAUUCCUUUAACCGCUACUGCGAUAGUUUGUUCUCUCUCUACUCUUGUUAUAUGUACACAUUUCCUCAUCUUAUACCCUUUAUCAAUGAAAAAGGCUUUGAUAGGGAACACUGCCAGUGAUUUUAUUUGGAAGCGACAAUAACUGCUGGUUUGGUUUAUAGGCUUAAGUUUAAUGUAAUCCCAUGGACUUCUGAAAUACAUGGUUCAUUGGGUCUUGAGCAUCCAGAGAACGAAUAAUCAUGUUGGGGGGAGCGAGUUAGACCUGUCAUUGUGGUCAUGUGCUGUUUUAGGCAGGUCUCAGGGCUCCCAGUAGAUUAUGGUCCUCCAUGGUCAAUUGGAUUACAGUAUUCAUAUGAAUUUGUGUAGCCUUCAGGUUUAUUUGAGAACUGUGUUAAGUUAUUUUAGAACAGUUAAAGCUUUUCAGAAAACAAAAUCACUAGGUUAAAAAGUUUCCAAUAGAAUGUCCAUUUACUCCCUCAGGUAAAGUCCUUCUUAGAAUUAAUUUUAGGACCCUAAAUUUGGGGAUAUAACCUCUUUAACCCAUCGAUUAACCUCAGUAAAACAAAUCUCCUGAUUUUACUACCCUCAAUGCACUUGAAAAAAAUAAUCUCUCAAGAUUGAAUAGAGACCAUCCAAUUUUUAGAUGGUAAGAUCUAAGGGUUAGGAGACUCAAAACUUCAAAAAAAAAAUUAAUGAGAAUAAUCAAUGUACUAGUUCUUAAGUGGUUCUCAAAAUUUCAGGUUGAAAGAAAAUCAUCUCAAUUAGAUCUUUUGAUCAAGGGUGUAAAAGUAAAUUGUGCUCUCAAGGGAGCAUAUAUAUAUAUAUAUAUAUAU